AUGCAAAAGGACUUCUGUACAUCACUACCCUCAAAAACUAGUUAUAAUAUCUGAAAGGAAUGCAUCAACAUGCAAUGUGUGCGGUUUUACUAAGAAAGAAUAAAUGAUGUGGUAGAGUAAAGAACAGCUGUUGUUGCAUCAGUGAAGGAAAUCUCAGCUGGACCUAAACAGGCAAAUCUGAGAGAGUCCUGAGAAAGUGUGACCUCCUCCCUUCUGUUCUAGAUGUGUCUGGAGUAACCAUUAAGAGCAGAUCUGUUGGCUCAAUAAUACCGUCAAAGAAAUCUCUGUAGAACUCCUCUGCCCAAUGUCUGCCAAAGCAAUGAAGAACAGGGGUGGUAAAUGUCUGAAGGCGGUUCAUACAGUAACCGAGACUUUGAAAAUCCUCUAUCGGCAAAAACUGCUCCCACUGGAGAAGUACUAUGGUUUCUCCGAUUUCCACUCAUCAAGCCUUGAAGAUGCAGACUUUGACAACAAACCCAUGAUACUGGUGUUGGGCCAGUGCUCUACAGGCAAGACCACUUUUAUCAGGUAUCUUCUUGAACAGGAGUAUCCUGGAAGCCGAGUUGGCCCAGAACCGACAACCGACAGUUUCACAGCAAUAAUGCAUGGAGAGAUGGAGGGAAUUAUUCAUGGCAAUGCUUUAACUGUAGAUCCCAACAAGCCUUUCCGCAAACUCGGCCCAUUUGGAACAACUUUCCUCAAUCGAUUCCAGUGUGUACAUCUGCCCAAUCGGGUCCUAGAGAGCAUCAGCAUCAUCGACACACCAGGGAUCCUGUCAGUGGCCAAACGCAAAAUGAACAGAGGUUAUGACUUUCCUUCAGUUAUCCGCUGGUUUGCAGAGCAUGUUGACCGCAUCAUCCUCCUGUGUGAUGCACACAAGCUGGAGAUUUCCGAUGAGUUUUCUCGCACUAUAAUGGCAUUACGAGGCAAUGAGGACAAGCUCCGAGUGGUGCUCAACAAGGCCGACAUGGUGGACUCGCAGGAGCUGAUGCGGGUCUACGGCGCCCUCAUGUGGUCUCUCGGGAAGGUCUUCUGCACCCCAGAGGUCCUGAGGGUCUACAUCGGCUCCUUCUGGACCUCUCCGAUGCGAAUCACAGACAACCGCAAACUGUUUGAGCGAGAGGAGGGAGAUCUUUUUGCAGACCUUCGGAACCUGCCAAGAAACUCUGCCUUGAGAAAACUCAAUGAUCUGGUGAAACGAGCACGCCUCGUGAAGGCCCAUUCUUAUAUCAUCAGCUGUCUAAAAGAAGAGAUGCCUGUUGUUUUCUGCAGAGGAAAGAAGCGGCGAGAUCUAAUCUAUGACCUUCCCACCAUCUAUUCCAGAAUCCAACAGCGCCAUCAGAUUUCACCAGGAGAUUUUCCUGACUGUGCCAAGAUGCAGGAGCGACUCAUGAGUCACAACUUCAAGUUUAAAGGCCUCAAGCCUAAGCUCUUGGCUGGGUUGGAUGAGCUCCUAAACACUGACAUUGCCAAGCUGAUGCCUCUAUUACGCCAAGAAGAAGAAGAAGCAGCUGAUCAUCUUUUAAUACAAGGAGGACCUUUAGAGUCUCAAAGGGGCCCAUUUAUUGUGGGGAACCCGUUUCAUCACUCUGGAUCCAAUGGAGAAAUCAAUCAGGUGUCAAAUGAAGAAUGGGUGGUGUCAAAAGAUAAAGCAAAGUUCGACGAGAUCUUCUACAACCUCUCGCCUCAUGAGGGAAAGCUGAGUGGGACUAAAGUGAAGGAGUGGAUGUUGCGCACUCGACUGCCCAGCUCGGUCCUGGGACGAAUCUGGAAGCUGGCGGACGUGGAUUGUGAUGGUAAGUUGGACGAUGAAGAGUUUGCUUUGGCCGGUCAUCUCAUUGAGGUAAAGUUGGAAGGGUUUGGGCUUCCUCAUGAGCUGCCCACACAUCUGCUGCCACCGUCUAAAAGACACCGCAAGAACUCUAAGAUUACAGGUGAUGAUUAGUCUGCAUGUCCUAAUGUUUAUAAGGACAGUGUUUAUUCAACAUGCAAGUCAUGAAUAAUACUAAUCACUCCUGUUAUGCUUAACAUUACCUAUAUCUUACAAUGAUUGGAUGAUUAAAUCCUCUGUAGACAGAAAUGGUCUCAAGAGGCAACUUGUUUUGAUAGUUCUCUUUGCCCUUGGGAAGGGAACAGCUUAUCCAUACUUAAACAUGAUUGGCUGGUUGUAGAAAUGCCCUCAAUGUUAUUAUGAGACAUGCAAAUGUCAAAACCUAAAGGGUUAGUUCACCCAAAAAUGAGAAUUCUGUAAAUUUAUUCUGCAAAUAUUGGGGUGCUGUGUAGUUUACGAAAUCCUGCUAGAUUUGACAUCACGCUGCUUUGUUUACUGCAGUAACAAAGGCAACAUGGUAAUGCCUGCUGUUUUAUAGGCGCCACCUGCUGGAUUAACAUUAUAGGAUUAGUUUUGUACUAUCAGUAUUUAGUAAAUAUACUGAAAGUUAAAAUCACCAGUGAUCCUGGUUGAAAUCUAAGGUGUCGAAGAGCUUAAAAAUGUUUGGAAAGAGUCUUACAAAGGUCUUUAAAGACAUUACAUUUCAUUAUCUGAUUCCUGUAUAUGUAUUUCAUAAAUGUAUAUCUGUUUAUAAUGGGUCUUGAGACACCUAAAGUCGUCUGUCCACAACCUCUUAAAACACACUUGGGACACGUAUAUAUAUUAAUUUCUGCAGUAUAUACCCAGAUGUAAGGAGACACUGCUCGCUGCAGAGCCAUUUGAGCUCCAGGAAGGGGGAGCAUGAGCUCUCGCUCCUCCUCCUGUAAGCUAUUUUAAUGCGUACACCCACCCCACCCCUAACCUCAACCCCCAGUGACAUCACUCAUAGAAGAAGUGCAAGAAAGGAGGAGCUGGAGCUCAAGCUCCCUCUUCCUGGAGGUCAGCUCUGCCCAAGUGGUGCUCACUGCAUGGGGGGAUGUAAGUGCAAUUCUUUUGCUUAUAUUUUAUAUUUCAGCGAGGGUAAUGAUGGACUAUAAAUGCACAGGUAAAUGUUGACCUCGUUGACCUAAUCACGACAGGGUAUAUAUUGAACUAGCCUACAUGUACAUAAAAUUGUAAAUACACAUAACACCAUUCGAAUAUAGACAUGUACAGAUGUAUACAAGCGUAUAUCAAUGCAUUUUAGGACAUGUUGUACAUUUAUUUUGCCGGGGAGAGGACUUUACCUUUAGACCAACAGUAUACAGCUUUUGUGCCGUCCUGCCAUGAACCCCUUUGACCGGGGAGAGGAGGUUGCAUCCGACCAAUGUUUGCUGGGUAAAUUAGAGAGCUCACUCACCUCCAAGAAGGGUCCAGAGACAUUCAAAGUCAUUGUCAAAACAUUUCAUGUGACUUCAGUGGCUCAACCAAAUUCACACAAAGCACCAAGAAAACUUUUGUGUGCCAAAAAACUAAAAAUGCACCUUUAUUUUCUCUUUCAUGACAGGUCUGAGUGCAUCCGUAUGACUUAUUGCCAUUUAUGCUGGCUUCACAUUAAGUGAACUUAGGUAUUUGCAAAUGACUUACAAAAGCCAAUUCAAAUGUGCGAAUAGAGGCAAAUUUCAACUGGGCAGCACGAAUCAUGAGGAAUGUGUGAUGUGUUUGCUGCAAACAUGCAGAAUUUAACAUGUCUUCCGCCCCAACAAAACAAAACUGCAGAAAAAUCAUGUGAGGUCAAAAACAUCCCAUGAGUGAUGCAGUGUGCGUGUUUUAAUGUGAUUUCAUGAUUUAAGUCAACAGCACAAUACACACGCCAUCAUAUAUCUCUAAUUAAGCACACACCAUAAUCUGACAUGGAAGUCCAGGCCUGCAUCCAACGGUUUUGUAUUUUUUCUGGACGUUGAACAUCUUGGUGCCCUUUUGGUUUAUUUGCUAAUAAGUUACUGAGCUAAAAUUGUAGUUUUUGUGUGUUUAUUUGGACUAAAUGCUGUAGCAAAAAAGAGUUUCAUUUAAUGAUUUUCGGCAUGUGUGGAACGGUUCAAAAUUCAAAUUUACACAAGUUUGAAAAAAAGUAAGUUGAAUCAAAAUAACUGUACAAGUCACUGCAACUCACAUUACAUUAAACUGACAUCUGAAUUUUGUUCAGCCAACAUACAUUCGUUCAUUUUCUUGUCUGCUUAGUCCCUUUAUUAAUCAGGGGUUGCCACAGUGGAAUGAACUGCCAACUUAUCCAGCACAUGUUUUAUGCAGCGGAUGCCCUUCCAGCUGCAACCCAUCACUGGGAAACAUCCAUACACACUCAUUCACACACUAACACUACGGACAAUUUAGCCUACCUAAUUCACCUGUAAUGCACGUCUUUGGACUUGUGGGGGAAACCGGAGCACCCGGAGGAAACCCACGCGACCAUGGGGAGAACAUGCUAACUCCACACAGAAAUGCCAAAUGCCAACUUAACCAGCCGGGGCUCACACUUUCUUGCUGUGAGACGAUUGUGCUACCCACUGCGCCAUCGUGCUGCCCUGUUCAGCCAACAAAUUAUUUUGAUUGGUUAAGUAAUAUAACAUAUAGCUGUGAAUUUUUGAUCAUGCAGUUUUUGCAAUAUACGCGUGUUUGAUUCAGGGUUGUUUGGAGUCGACUCAGACUAUUAUUUCUGACCCUGUUUUGAUGUAAAAUAAAUGGAGCUGAAGAGUCAGUUGUCCAAGACUAGGAGGAGUCUAGUUAUUAUUAUUAUAUUAAUUAUUAUAUUAUUAUAAGUCACCUUGUAAUUAAAAACUACUGUAACGAGAUCAAUGUGAAUCUGUUGCCUAAUUUUACAUUUAGGGAAAUUCACGAGCAGCAGCUGGUGUCAAAUAAUUAUAAUGCAUAAU